UGCUACCAAGCCCCCUGCAGGGGACAGGCUGGGACUUGCUCCCCGCUCAUUGGUCGGCGCGGAAGAGCCUCCGAAAAAGCUUUGUUACCGGAGGAGAGAACGAGCGCCCAUUGGUCAGGACGCCUCACAAUGGCCCCCGCAGGGAGCAGGGUUCUUCCGAUUGGCUCGCUGCCUGUCUCGGGAGACCCCACGUUUAGCCUUCUCCCAGGCAGGCUACUUUGCUCCCUGUUACAAGCGUUCGCAGCCAGACUCCUGUUCCCCAUUGACUGUCCUGAGGGACGCCGCCAUCUGAUGAGCGAGGUGCAAAGCCUCCGAGCUCGAGCGCGGGCUCCCUGCGGUGUGAUCUAGAUCUGCGGGAGGGUGACCGCGUGGCCCGGGCUGCAGGUGCGGAAGCUGAGUACAAGGACCUAGCAGCCCGGCAUCUCCAGCCUGGAACCCACCCCAGGAGGGUCCAGUAAGUUCGAAGCACCCACGCGGCGUGCAAACCCCCUCAGCACCGACGGACGGGGGGUGUUCCAGCUCCUGUGUGGGCAGUCUGUGUAUCUAUCCAUUUAUCCUCUCAGUUGUUUAUCCACCAAUUGUUUAUCGGUUCAUUUAUUUGACUUUCUGGGUCCACCGCCGCGCGCCAACUGUCCAAAUCCUUACUUCUCGCCGACGGUGUGGGGAAAUCCCAGGCCCUAAAGGACCCGGAUUGAGGUCCCUACGGAGGCGCGGUGGAGACGAAGGUGAAACCGCGGCGGGAAGAUGUUCUACUAUCCCAACGUGCUUCAGCGCCACACGGGCUGCUUCGCCACCAUUUGGCUGGCGGCGACGCGCGGCAGCCGGCUGGUGAAGCGCGAGUACCUGAAGGUGAACGUGGUGAAGACCUGCGAGGAAAUUCUCAAUUACGUGCUGGUGCGAGUGCAGCCCCCGCUGCCCGGCCUGCCGCGGCCCCGCUUCUCUCUCUACCUCUCAGCCCAGCUCCAGAUCGGGGUGAUCCGGGUCUACUCUCAGCAAUGCCAGUACCUCGUGGAGGAUAUCCAGCACAUUUUGGAGCGCCUGCACCGGGCCCAGCUGCAGAUCCGCAUCGAUAUGGGGGAGCUUGAACUACCCAGCCUGCUGCUUCCCAACGGCCUGGCCAUGAUGGAGACCCUGGAAGACGCUCCUGACCCGUUUUUUGGGAUGAUGUCUGUGGAACCCGGACUUCCUAGCCCCUGGGAUAUCCCUCAGAUUCGACACCUCUUGGAGGCUGUGAUCCCAGAGAGAGUUCUUGAGGAGAUUCCUCCUGAAGUCCCUACGGAGCCCAGGAAGCCAGAAAGGGUUCCGGUCACUGUGCUACCGCCCGAGGCCAUCACCCUCCGGGAGGCAGAACCCAUUCGCGUGCUGGAGAUUGAAGGCGAACUGGAGCUCCCAGAAGUCAGCCGCCGAGAACUUGAGCUGCUGAUUGCUGAGGAAGAGGAAGCUAUCUUGCUAGAGGAAUAUCCGCCGGCCAGGCCUCCCGAGUUUGAGGAGGCCCCGGCCCUGGAGGCUGAAAUCACAGUCCCCCCACUCUUACCUCCAGUUCCUGAACGUGUGGAGGAGGUAGCAGAGCCACUGCCAAUCCAGGUCCUUGUCCCCGAGGAGGUGAAGGUGGUACCCUGGGAGCCAGAGGCCCUACUCGCUGAAGUGACGCCACCCCCGGAGCUGCGUCUGCCAGCCCCACCCAGUCCAGAGCAGAAGAGGCCCCCAGUCUUCCCACCUCCUGAGAUCCCUCCUGCCCCCCGCCGCCGCCGCCGGCGGCUACUCUUCUGGGACAAGGAGACUCAGAUCUCCCGGGAGAAAUUCCAGGAACAACUCCAACCCAGAGCUCACUGCUGGGAAUGUCCCAUGGUGCAGCCUCCCGAGAGGAUGACCAUCAGCCCUGCGGAGCUGCUCCAAACCCCAGCUCACCCUGGCCGGCUACCCCCAGAACUACUGGCUUUCUGGACUCACUGUGCCCAGCUGCCCCCAACGGCCCUCAGACGUAGGCCACCUUGGGAGCUUGAAGAGGAGGAAAGAAAAAGGAUUGAAAUUUUACCUGAUAUUGAGGUCCUGAGGGAAGCCGAGGAGCCUAGCGUCCCCCUCAUGGUGUCUGCAGAGCUCUCCCUAGAAAUGGCUGAAGAGGAGAAGACCCGCAUCAGCCUCGUGCCCCCGGAAGAGCGGUGGGCCUGGGUUGAGGCAGAGCAGCCAGAGAUCCCUGCAUUGCCCGUGGUGCCAGAACUCCCUGAGGUGCCCGUGGAGAUGCCUUUGGGGCUGCCCCCAGAGCUCGAGCUGCUCUCGCUGGAGGCCGUGCACAGGGCAGUGGCACUGGAGCUGCAGGCCGACAGGAAGCCUGACUUUGACAGCCUAGUGGCACCUCUCAGCCCCCGCAGGGUGGCCGCCCGGGUCUUCUACCUGCUCCUGGUGCUCUCAGCACAGCAGAUCCUUUUUGUGGAACAAGAGAAACCAUAUGGGCGCCUCCUGAUCCAGCCAGGGCCCCGAUUCCACUGCGGUUAGAGCCCGUUUACAAAGCUGCCAGGAAACCAGUUCCAUUAAACCAUGUUCUGCUU